CGAGCUGCGUUGCCACUGACACUCUGCUUGAAUCAAUAUUAGCCAAAUUAAGGCAAAUCCAAUUUCUCUCUGUCCCUUAGAAUUCAAGAAAAAUGUUGUCUGAUGGUGGUGACAGAAUGGCACUACCAUCUCAUGUGGUCCCAAACGGCAGCGCUUCACAGGACUCCGGCCAUGCCCGUCUCCAUGAACUUGGCUACAAACAAGAGCUCAAGCGUGACCUCUCGCUGCUUUCAAAUUUUGCCUUUUCAUUUUCAAUCAUAUCGGUGCUUACCGGUGUGACCACUCUUUACAACACUGGACUCAAAUACGGUGGUCCAGUUUCUGUUGUUUAUGGAUGGUUUAUAGCUGGUUUUUUCACCAUCUUUGUUGGGUUGUCCAUGGCUGAGAUUUGUUCUUCCUACCCAACUUCUGGGGGUCUAUACUAUUGGAGUGCCAAGCUUGCUGGCCCAAGAUGGGCACCCUUUGCUUCUUGGCUCACUGGCUGGUACUUUCCUCUCCUUUCAGUUAUUCCUCAUUCCUGUUCACUUUUACUAACACUGUUACUCGUUUAGAAUUUGAUUGCCUAAAAAAGGACUAAAACUUUGGUGUUCUGUUGGGGUUAUGGGAUCUGGAGUGCCUAGAUGAAUAUGUUGGUUGACUA